CUGACUGCACACGUACUACUGCUGUGUACACCACUGGUUUAUAAGUGCUGUUUCUGCCUCCAUUAUUGUACAUGCAUCAACUGCACAUGUAUGAUCUGAUCGUCGACAACCAGUAGUUUGAUGUUUAUGUUAUGUCAUAAACAAUAUCUGGAUGAGUUAAACUUUGUGUCGAUGUUGUUAUCUUUUGCCACGGGCAAAACAUCGCUAUCGCUAUCAGGAUGUUGGAUUAAGUUGGGAACAUGAAUAAUUGUUUCCACUGAGGUGAUUCUUCUAUAUGUCAGUCAGGAGAGUGAAUUGUUCAAGAUUGCAUCAAUAAAAUCAACAAGACUACAAACAUCUGAUGAAUCUGAGAUCCCAUAAUAAUUGUGUUAUUAAGACGAUCAAUUGAAAAUGUACCACAUCACAGCAAGGAACUGAGCAAAAACUAAAGACAGAAAUAAUGGGCGAUAGUGAGGAGGGAAAAGAAAACAAUGUGGAGAUGGCAGGCCAAGGAGAUGAAACAAAAAAUACUCCUUUAUCGGAAGGAAAAGAGGAGCAGCGCCCUGAUGUUCAAAAUGACAGCAGUCAGUUAAAUCAAGGACAGGUGGGCGGUGGAGAUGCUCCAGCUGGAAUUCGAGAGACACAACCAAAAAGUCAAGAAGUUUUGCCAAAGCCAAUUGUAAAGAAAGUCAGAACUAAGAAUAAGAAACAAGAAAAUGGAAACAUUGGUGGAAGUAAUCAGAUGAAGAAGAUGAAGAAAGGGAUAUUUAUCUCUUACUCGCCCGACGGAGGUUUUCUUGAAAGAAAACUUGUGUGUGAAACUGUUAAACAGUUUAAGGAAAACAAUCUCACAGAAGACAUUUGGUUUGAUAAAGAUGAGGAAAUUACAGACAGUCCAUCUUGGUUUUCACAGAGAAUGGAAGCCGUAGAAAAAUGUCGCGCUGCAAUCUGUUUUUUAUCUUUCAGCUACUUCCAAUGUCCUGUAUCGCUGUAUGAGCUUCGCUGCCUUCUUGAAAGGCAAGUUCCCUCCACCACUGCAAACCCACCCAAAGUCUUUCUUGUCAUGUGUGAAGAUGUAGAGAUUCCAAGACAGUAUGCCAUCUUCUUUGAAGAUCUUGUCUCACUGUGUUAUGCGAAAUAUGAGAGAUACAGUAUUGCAGAGAAAGCCUCUGUUGUUAUUGGUGCUUUGGUGGAGAGAGUUGAACUAUACGCUUCAAUUUUUGCUCCACAUGUUCCUCGGACUCUAGACAUGAACUUCACAGAGGAGUACAAAAAGAAGAAACUGUGCAAGUGGAGUAUAGAUGACCUUCAAAGUUGGCUGUUUCAUCUUGGCAUCAGAGAAUUUUACCGUCAGAGUUUUGCAGAGACAGGCAUGGACGGUUUUCUUCUUAUGUCCAUUAUGGACCAAGACAUGGCAGACUUUCUUGGCAUUGACAGCCGUGUUGUCAGAAAGAAGAUCCUUCAACAGAUUAUUGGGAUAUUGGAGAAGGAGCAUAAGGCACCAGAUAGUUGGCACCUUCGAGCAAGGACACAGAAAAGCCGAUCUGAGAGUGUGUAUGUCGUGUAUGACCCUGCUGAUGUUAGACUGGCACAAAACCUCAAGCAAGAUUUGAAAAGAAAAAAUCUUCAAGUGACAGCUCAUGAAAAGCUUGGACAAUCAAAAGACGAAUUCCUGUCAAUCAAUGGUCCUCUCAUCGCCUCGGCAAAACAUGUCAUCGUUGUCUUGACUGAUGCAGCGACAUCAUCUCCCUUCAUCUUCCAUGAAGUGCUCUUUGCUGAUUGGCUUGGCAAGUCCUUAGUGACUGUCAUGUUUAAGAAUGUUUGGAAGAAGAUGAGGCCAUCACUUAAAUCUGUUUUGGGUGAAUUUCCGGCGAUAGAUUUUGAAACUAAGAUGUAUGGUGAGAGCAUGGACAUCCUUGAGCAUCAAAUCAAACCCUUACGGAAGGUGGCCGGGGUCGUCUUGGAGCAAACUUACUUGAACAGGAUGAGCGAGGGACUCAAACCUCUUCAAGUUUUAGCUGCAUCUCAAGCAUUAGGAUCCACAGUGAGCAAUGGUUCAUCCGAGCAACCCAAGGUUUUUCUGAGCUACCAAUGGGAUAUGCAGAACAAGGUACAAGAGAUCAAACGCAUCCUUGAAAGCAACGGCAUCUCGUGCUACAUCGACAACAGCCCAACAAUCGCUCAGAACCAACGAGGCACUUCAGGAGCAAGUACUCGCAGUAAUGCCACUGCUCCGAUUCACUCCGAUGCUAUGCAUGAGACAUUGGAGAGUAACAUCCAACGUAAUAUGAAAUCAUCAUCAAUCGUCUUGAGCUGCAUUACACCACGUUAUCUUCAGUCAGACAAUGGAGUGAAGGAUUUGAUGUUGGCAGAAGCACUACACAAGCCAGUAAUUGCUGUUCUACUACGCUUUGUGGCAUGGCCGCCUGAUAUGGGUCCAUCUCCAAUCAAGAAAUUACUGGCUCAUACAAACCACAUUGACCUCAGCAACGACAAACUUUUUAAGCAAAACUUCCAUGUUCUUGUAGAGAGACUAAGGAGGUUUUUGAACACAAAGCAUUAAGAAACUCUUCACCCGCAUUUGAAGGAGAAUGACAUCUGCAUUUCCAAAAUAUAAUAGCAAAGCUGAUGUUUUUUAGGAAAGUUUUAGCAGCUGUUCUAAAUGUGGAUAUGUUUGAAGCAUUUACCUAAACAUGUAUACAAGUUCAUUUGAUGGCCUUAUUAUCAAAACUGAAGAGAGUGAAACGAACCAAGGUAAGAAUCCAAAGAUUUACUCUUUUUUAACCCCCUUACAUAUAAAACCAAAAUAAUAUAAUAAAACUAAAAUAUGAUUUUAAAAAGAGUUAUACAUGUACUUGGUCUUUUAGCUGUACCUCACUUGAAUCCGCCUGCCAAUGCAACAUAUUUUUUUAUGGCUUCAGAUAAAAGUUCCACUGCAAUUUCCUCAAAGCUUUACUUUAAUAUAAUCAACAUUAUUUGAGUUGCAGAUGUUUUCUAAUUUUGAAGCAUUGUUACCUUUAUUAUGCGGGUGCAAAAAAACUGAUGCUGAAUAUGACUUUUCAAUUACAACAGGUUUGUGAAUCUUUAACUGUUUGUUCAUCUAGCAUUUCAAAUAUCCUUUUCUACCAAAUAGAGCAUUUUGAGCAAUGAGUGCACAGCAAUAGGACUCUUAGUGAUAUUACUCAUAAAAACUUCUUGAAACUAUUAUAACUCCAGAAGUAACUGCAAAGCGCAAAUGCUAUGAUGCCCUUGGUCUUUGGUGCCCCUUCAAACGAUUCCAAUUGACUUUAAGAUUUUCCAAUGGAAGUGCUCUUUGCAGAAUGGAAAUGGCUUUGCCCUUUUAAAGAUGGAAUUCCAGGCCUGGCAAUCAUUUCAACUCCUAAAAUUUAGAUCAGUGUUUCAGUCCCUUUGUCAACAAGGACUCUCACCCCAGCCAUUAUCUCCUGAUAUGACGACAGUGAGAAAAUUCAAUAGCAUGGGGUCAGUGGUUUCGAGUUGCUUAGCAAAAGCUUGUUCACAUCUAUGACAGAUAGAUGAAUUGUCAUUAAGCUCUAAAAUCCAAAUUUAAAAUCCAAAUGAAAAUACUAAUCAUUUUGAAUGUUGUUCUUUGCUUUCCUGUGUGCUAAACUUUUAGGGUGAUUUUGUUGCAUAAUUAGGUAAAUUUGAGAUACAGUUUUUAAAACAUUUUCGCAUGUUUCAAGAGAUUUUACUUUUGACUGCUUCAUUAAUUGUGUUGAACAUUUUGUUCUUAAUUAGUUUUAGGCUGAGCAAGCUUUAAGUUUGAAAAUAAUUCAUAAUUUCACAAUCUUAUUGAGGUAAUUAUUUUUCAACCUGUUUAAAGUGUUUGUACUAGUACACACACAAUCUGCUGCCAAUUAAUAAUUAAUAAUAUUAAUUAAACCUGUCACUUGUCAUGCCAAAAUGGAACCUUUGAGAGCAAACUUAACCUCCACAAGUGUUUACAUUGCACUUAAUUUACAAGCAUUCUGCUUUAAGUGAUAUUUGACAGAUGAUACUUUUUGUCGAACAGCACAAAAUCUUUGUCAUUUCCUUACUUGCUGAUCAGGUGAUGUAAGUACUAUAAAGAAUACUCAAGAGCCUAAAUUUGUUGAUGUAGUCAAAGGCAACGAUUAAGGUUACAAUAGUUAAUAGAUUCGGCUUUAGAAUACUUUCCUAGGCUGUGUUUGUAACAAUACUUAGUCGUGGUGCCGCCCUGCAAUUUUUUUUAAAAUCAAAUCAAUGAAGGCAGUGAUCACCACAAUAACCAGCAUUAGCAACAGACACAGCUUCCACUCAGAAUUGGACCGAGGCUGUUAGAGAAGCAUUAUGGUGCCUUAUUGGACAGUAGUAUAUAUUGUUGGUGCAGACAGGGUGUACAUGUUUUACAACAUUAACAUGAUUAAUCAUCUUGAUAAUGGAAAUCAGUUUUGGAUUGUUGCAUUGGGGUUGAGCGGGAGGGGGGGGGGGGUCGUUGAGAUGUUUUAGUUUUAAUCCCUUUUCAGGUAUUUUCUUGUGACUUUCUAUUUUGAAAUUUUAUGUUCUCAUUAGCAGUUAUCAAACUUUUAGAAAUAUUAACACACAAAAAUGUUACUAACUUGAUGUUAUCGUUAAGACUAUAGGCCUAACAGUGGAAUUGCCCUGCUUGUCUCUACGGGUAAAACACAUAUUUCAUCAUUAAAAUGACAUUGGGGCAGCAGGUCACGAUUCAUACACUUCAAUACUAGGUCACUGAUUGUUAACCUGACAGGGGAAGGUCUCAAUGUGGAGUAGACUUUUUGGGUUCCCAUCAAGGACCCAAGUGGUUACUUGGGAACUUUGAUCUCAAAACAAACAAAUCAGUAGAACAAUUUUUUUAAGCUUUGUUUACAUGUAUUGAUACUUUGUGGGGUUUGACAAUACACACAAAGAUGGACCUUUGAUUAAUGUCUGUGGGUGUAACCGAAUGGAACACAUAAGAGAGUUCACUGUUUGGCAAUGGUAUUAUUCAAACAAUGAGUCUACCUGAACAUACUCUUAACCGACAUUUUUAAUUAUCCAAUGGGAGGCAUGUAUAACCACUAAAAUUCAGCUGUACACAAUUGAAUUAUUUUGUCGAUAAACAUUAACCCUUUCCUACACUAUUUGAAUAUUUUCUGAGAAUCUUUCCUUUCUCUGUCAUUAAUUGGUAUCGCGAUCAAUAAAUAAGUAAGUGAAUUGGCUAAGUGGAUUUUGCAACAAGUUUUAAAUGUAGCUGUGUUCUUGAAGUGUAGUAAUUUAGAAUUGUUUUCAAAAAUGGGAUUCUUUCCCAUGUCAAAUAGAGAUUAUUAUAUGACAGUCCUACUUAAAAUUUUACUUUCAUAUAACCAUAUCAUGGACAGCAUUAAUACUUAAAAUAACUCAAUACUUUUAUAAAAUAUUAUAAAUCUGGUAACUAUUAUUUUGAAAUUAUCUUGCAAGUAGGAAAGUUUUACACCAAAGUGUACGAUAUUCAAAAUUAAUUAUUGUGUUUGGUUGUGCGUUAAGUAGGAAACAAUAUUGACAAUUUAAAUGAGCAGCACAAAUAGAUUGCAGUGACUUUUUUGAUGUGAAAAAUGCAUUAUUUUGUUACUAUUUAAGAUUUAUGUUUUGAAAUAAACAACAAC